AGAACUCAGGUCAAAUGCUCGAAUCGUGGACACACGCUAUAAUUAAUAUUAAAAAUUGUAAAUCGCGCGUGAUAUUGGGGAAAGUCUCUGCUGUCUCCAAUAUACUUCUAUUACGUAUUAUAUGUACGACUGUGCAGCGGGAUAGACUUAGCACUGCUUAGCACGAAUACAUUAAAAGUCCAGAUAAUACGUCAGCAGACUCAUGGUGGCACAACCGCUUCACACAUUUCUCAUAUCUUUCUACAAGCCAGUCGUAACAUCCAAAAAGCGAAGAGUAUAAUUCUGAUUGGCUUAUAGAAACGACUUACGGCACAUGUUUACUGUCCUAUUUUAGAAAGGGUUUCAUUGGGUUCGAUACCUUGUAUGUACUUCUUUAAAGAUGGCCGCGUUUACAAGCUUCUCACGGCUUUUUGCCACUGCGGCCGUUAAUUCUCUGAGAAAUGUUCCCCGAAAUAUCUUAUUUUCCAAGCAGAUCACUCCAGGACUUUCUUGAUCAUUCAGCAAUUGCAAUAACCGGCUCGCAAGUAGCCGGUUAUCGUACGCGACUUCCAUGGAUAGAAAAAGUACCAAACUAUCAAGUGGAGGUACCUGACACUACCGAAGAGGACUUGAAAUUGACUGAUGAUGUGAUGAAGCAAAUAAAUCAACAAAUAUCCACAAAUAACAUAGGACGACUUUUUGCUGUUGUACAUGUUUGUGGUAAACAGUUCAAAAUCACAGAAAAUGAUAUUAUUAUCAUCCAAGGCUAUUGGCCUCCAACAGUGGGUGACAAGCUAAAGCUGGAAAAAGUUUUACUUGUUGGUGGCUCCGAUUUCACCCUAAUAGGAAGGCCACUUGUGAACAGAGAAUUAGUGUCUAUUAUUGCUACUGUUAUAGAAAAAACUACGUCACAUACUAAAACCCAUUUUCGCUUCAAAAAAAGGAAACAAUACCGCCGUAUAAACUUUUGCAGAAUACAACACACAAUGCUAAGAAUUAAUUCCAUCCAAGUAGAACCUAAUGUUGGUCAUCUUAAGGAAGUAGAAGGAUUACAUAGCAUAUAUUGAAUAAAUUAUCAGAAGUAACGACUGAGAAGGUUCUAAAUAAAUACAAUUUUAUAUACAUCUCAAUAGAUCGUGAAGUUCAUAUCGUAUAUUACACAUUCUCAACAAUGACAAAUAUAACAUUAAUAAAUACUUAAAGUUACAUAACA